GAACCUCUAUUAAGUAUUAAACUUAAACUUCAUCUGUUCAUCAAUGGCUGAAUUGGAGUGCCCAACGGUGAUGAACAACCUGAUCACCUACCUCUCAUCUCUACUUCAACGCGUUGCGGAAUCUAACGAUCUUAAUCCCCGGUUCAACCCGCAAAAGAUCUCGGCGUUUCAUGGACUUACUAGACCAAGUAUCUCAAUUGAGAGCUAUCUGCAAAGGAUCUUUAAGUAUGCAAAUUGUAGCCCAUCAUGCUACGUUGUUGCGUAUGUUUAUCUUGAUCGGUUUACACAGCAACAGCCUGCAAUUUUGAUCAAUUCGUUGAAUGUUCAUCGGUUGCUGAUUACUAGUGUCAUGAUUGCUGCCAAGUUCAUGGAUGAUAUAUACUAUAACAAUGCAUACUAUGCAAAAGUAGGAGGGAUCAGCAUAACAGAGAUCAACUUUCUUGAAGUUGAUUUCUUAUUCGGAUUAGGGUUCCAGUUGAAUGUAAACCCAACCACAUUCAACACCUACUGUUCAUAUCUUCAAAACCAAAUGUUUCUUCUUCACCCAUCAUUAAACACAGAAGAAUCAUCAUUAUCUUCAUACACAUCAAGAUCAACAAAGCUGCUACACUAUGAAGAUGAUCAACAGCAGAAGCAAGAAGUGGUAGCUGUUUGAUUAAUCUGCAUGUUAUGACUUAUGAAGCUUGAAUGUUAAAUUUAAGGUAGAUUUGCAGGGUAUGUGGCAAGGGUUUAGCAAGUUAAACCUGUUUUGGGUUAGGCUUUUGUCCAAGAAUAAUAAUUGAUAAGUCCUGAGUAACUUAUUGCUUUCGGUGCAUAAGGUGUAUGUUGAUGUAAGAAUCAAGCUAUAGAUUUGGAAAUUGUUAUUUUGGAAAAAAGUUUUAUAUAAUAUUUUCUUUUUAAAGGUGGAUCAUGCA